AUGUCGACCGACGGCUCGGAUACUAGCUCUCAGAUACGACAGUUUGGUUUGUACAGAACCAUUGAUGCGAAGACUGAGGAAUUCCUCAAACUCUCCAAGAAACGACAAAUGAAGCAAGGGUGCGCGUGCGCAGCGAUCUCAACACUUAUCACCGUCGCCGUUGUAAUUAGUAUCAUACUUGUUUACGAAUUUAGUAUGGUCCACGAUUCAAAACCAAAAACAAAACGGCCGAAUUGGCUUAGCUUGAUGAAUAACAGUCUAGAAGCAUUGCCUUUUGAAGUAAAGUUUAACAAAGAAAAAUUAAAUCCUGCAAUCGUUCAAAUUCUACCGCUUAUUUUAAAAACCUUAAAGAAAAAUAUUUAUCUUGAUAAAAUUGUAGAAGAUUCUUCUAGCUCAAGUCCUCCAUACGCAAAGAAAGAGUCUACUGAAGAAUUGUCUACAAAAAAUGCUGUUUCAGACACACAAAAUUGGAUGCGUUCACCAUCAUCAAGACUCUACACUAUCGAAUAUAAAACGUCUCCCGUUUUAUACUUUCGUAAUCCAACAAAGAAUAUUGAAUACUUUACAAAAAUAAGGAAAAUUAGAGAUUACCAAAGAAUCAUGAACUAUGUAGAUAAAAUGAUUAGCGAUAGAGUUUCGAUCGCUACAACAAUACCAAUGGCAAAAUAUAUUUAUGGCGCAUAUAAAAUACCGAAUAUAGAGUACACAACGCCAAUGACGAGUGUCGAAAAUCAUAAAACUAAUAAUAUAAAUAUGCAGAAGAAAAAUACAAAGAAGACUAAAACAACAUCUACACAAAUAGUAGAGAAAAAUUGUCAAUGUCCUGAAAAAAUUAACGACCUAAUUAGUAAAUUUAUAAGACGCCUUAAAACUUUAUUACCUAAUUUAUCUGGUAAACAGCAUAACGUUUCCACAUCGUGUAAGCACAAUCAACAAAGAAUACAAGAAAAUGCUUACAAUAAAGAAACAACAAGUGAAGAUAAAACUCUAUCAUAUACAUCAUCACAUUUAUUAUCAUCAGCAACCUCCACAACAAAUAAUGAAUAUAGUUCACAUGCUCCUCAAAUAAAUAUUGAACACAGUUCAUAUGACUCUGGUAAUAUAUUCCAAAAUCAAGACGAUACCAUGUAUGAUAUCCCUAAACUAAUUAAACCAUAUGAACAAAUUAAAAUGACUAACGGAAAUGAUUAUGCAUAUGAAACACUUGCAACGAAACAAUAUUUCGAUGAAAUUAGUAAUAAAUCUAACAUAGAAGAAAUAUUAUCAAUACACCAACAACAAACAUUAUCACCUAUGGCAAGCACUCAAUUUACUCCACUGAA